GAAAAAGGAAAGACUAUCCUGGGGAGUUGCUACUGCCAUUGAAAGUGGACCAUGUGGAAUAAAAUAUUUUUGUGUAUUAAAAAAUGGUUAAAAAUGCAAUUGAGUUGCCUCUAGGCCAUGGCUAUAAAAGGGUAAUGGAAUCAAUUGAAUCUGCAAUCUUCUUCUAGUUUUUCCAUAUUAACCUUUUUUUCUCAUUGCUUAUUGGGUCCAAUUUUGUGGGCAAAAGUGCAAGAAAAAGUUGCUAAAAUGGCACUUCCUGAGACACAGCAAGAUUCAAAAGCUUUACCAGAUGCUUGGGAUUACAAAGGAAGACCAGCUCUUAGAUCCUCCUCUGGUGGCUGGGCUAGUGGUGCAAUGAUUUUAGGUGUUGAAGCUGUGGAGAGGCUAACAACACUAGGGAUUGCUGUAAACUUGGUGACAUAUUUGACUGGAACUAUGCAUUUAGGGAAUGCUUCUUCAGCCAACAACGUUACCAAUUUUCUUGGAACUUCUUUCAUGCUCACUUUACUUGGUGGUUUUGUCGCCGACACUUUCCUCGGAAGGUAUCUUACAAUUGGUAUCUUUGCCACUGUUCAAGCAAUGGGUGUUACAAUCUUGACCAUAUCCACUAUUAUCCCAAGCCUACGACCACCAAAAUGUGAACAAGUUGGUAGCUCAUCAUGCAUCCCCGCAAAUAGCAAACAACUCAUGGUCCUAUACAUUGCCCUAUACAUGACGGCGCUCGGCACUGGCGGCCUAAAAUCGAGCGUCUCCGGCUUUGGCACCGACCAAUUCGAUGAUUCCGACAAAAAAGAAAAGGGACAAAUGAUAAAAUUCUUCGAUUGGUUCUUUUUCUUUAUUAAUGUUGGCUCGCUCGGUGCAGUUACAGUAUUGGUGUAUAUUCAAGAUAAUUUGGGAAGAGAGUGGGGUUAUGGAAUAUGUGCAUGUGCUAUUGUUAUUGCACUUGUUGUGUUCUUAUUUGGGACAAGGAAAUAUAGGUUCAAGAAACUUAUGGGCAGUCCAUUGACACAAAUUGCUUCAGUUAUUGUGGCUGCUUGGAAAAAAAGGCAUUUAGAAUUGCCUUCAGAUUCUUCACUUCUCUUUGAAAUUGAUGAUAUUUUUGUUGAAGGAAAUAAAAAAAGGAAGCAAAUGUUGCCUCAUAGCAAGGAGUACCGAUUCUUGGACAAGGCAGCAAUUAAGGAAGAUCAUGACCUUGAAUCUAAUGGCACUAACGUUGUAAUUAACAAGUGGAAAUUAGCAACGUUAACCGAUGUUGAAGAAGUAAAAUUAUUAAUCAGAAUGUUACCAACUUGGGCCACAACUAUUAUGUUCUGGACUGUCUAUGCACAAAUGACAACAUUUUCAGUGUCACAAGCUACAACAAUGGAUCGUCACAUUGCAACCUUUGAAAUUCCACCUGCUUCACUCACAGUAUUUUUCGUCGGAAGUAUACUCUUGACCGUAAUUUUCUACGAUAGGAUUAUCGUUCCAAUUUGUCGUCGUUUCAUGAAUAAACCUCAUGGACUUACCCCAUUACAAAGAAUUUUCACAGGGUUAGUUCUUUCAAUUUUGGCCAUGAUAGCCGCUGCCCUAACCGAGGUUAAGAGGCUAAAAGUGGCACAUUUGCAUGGAUUGACCAAUGAUGCAAAUGCUACAAUUCCAUUGACUGUAUUUUGGCUAGUUCCGCAAUUCUUGCUAGUGGGA